UGAUGUCCUUUGUGCAUAUUCUGCGCAGGCAAUGUAAUAAGCGUACUAAUGGUCCUCAUUCAUUUCCAGGCUGCCCUGUUGGCCUGGCUAACGCAAAACAGGCUAUCUGUUUCUUCACUUUACUUACCUAAACCUUAAUCUUAGCUAGCCUGUUUUAAAGGGAUUAUGAAGAGCAACUCUGGGACAAGAAAAUGAAUCGCGACUCUGAGAGGGCAUUCUGAAUUUAAUCAAUAUGAGCUGCUCGACGGCACGCUUUGCACUCACAGUGAGUUUAAAGUCCAGAUUUACGUUGUGUCUGUGAGAUGCCCUAACCAUGCCGCAGAAGCUGCUCAAGAGUGCGCAGUACAUCGAGCUUGGUAGCUACCAGUACUGGCCGGUCAUUGUACCCAGAGGCAUUCGGCUUUACACCUACGAGCAGAUACCCGGCUUCCUGAGGGAGAACCCGUAUAUCACGGAUGGCUACCGAGCCUACCUGACCUCCAGGCUUUGCAUCAAAAGCCUCCUCAUCCUGUCCAAUGAGACGGUGAACAUCUGGAGUCACCUGCUGGGCUUCCUGAUGUUCCUGACACUGGCCCUGCAUGACAUGACCACUAUACUGCCCGCCACUGGCGCCUCCAGGGAAGACUAUGUCAUCCACGCCAUCGGACUAUUCUGCUUCCAGGUGUGCAUGUUGUGCUCGGUGGGAUACCAUCUCUUCUGCUGCCAUCGCUCAGAGAAGACCAGUCGCCGCUGGAUGGCGCUGGACUAUGCUGGAAUCUCCAUCGGCAUCUUGGGAUGCUAUGUGCCUGGGGUCUUCUACGCCUUCUACUGCAAUAAUUACUGGCGGCAGGUGUACCUGGUGGCGGUGUUGGCCAUGACGCUAGCCGUGUUCCUGGCCCAGAUCCACCCGCUGUACCUGAGCAAGCAGUGGCAAAGGAUCCGCUCCGUCAUCUUCUGCUCUGUCGCCGGCUACGGCCUCAUUCCUACAAUGCACUGGGUAUGGCUAAGCGGGGGCAUCCACUCAGAAGUUGUCCAGGCAUUUGUUCCACGUGUUCUGGUCAUGUACGUGAUCGCAGCGGCUGCCUUCCUCUUCUAUGUCUCCAAAGUUCCGGAACGUUACUUCCCAGGCCAGCUGAACUACCUGGGUGCCAGUCACCAGCUGUGGCACAUGCUGGUGGUUCUGAUGUUCUACUGGUGGCACCAGUCCGUGCUCUUUAUCACUGACUACAGGCACAGCCACCCCUGCGCCGAUCACCCGCUGCACGCUUAGGCCAGCCACACCCUGUCUGUCCGUCUGUCUUCUACUGACGAGGUCAUCAACAUGAGCCUCACCUCUGCUGACCGUAGGGAUGAUGGAACUUUGAAAGGCCCUAAUUUGAAAUUAACUAGCCCUCACUUUGUGUCAGACUCUCUUGGGCCAGAAUGUUAAUAAUUGUUAGAACUUGCUUCAUACAAUCACGCAACACUAAAUAGAAGUGCCUACCAUGCCCAUCCCUACCGAUUUGCUGAGCUUCAAAGACCUGUGUGAGGGAAAGUAUUAAUAUUUAAAGGCAUAUCGAAGAUUUGUAGCUUCUACUUAAGGAAAUUAUUCAUUUUUGUAGCAAUUGGACUGUUUAAGCUAUUGUUGUCUUGUGCUUACCACUUCCUUCAGAUUGUUGAUGACGAAUUGAGAGAUUUUGUUUUUGUUUUUCAGAAGACCAUGUCGUGCUGGGCACAGUGAAACAAAUAUCAUACAUAUCAGUCUUACCUGUAAUGUACAUGUUGCCACAGGUCCACUCGUGUCUUCACAGUAGUCAGAACAAGGGCCACAAACAGCUCCCUAUUCCUCAAUGUACUUUCUCUGAAUGUCUGUCUUUGUAUUUCUGUGUUGUGAAACUGACAUUUCUCAGUAGUGCAGGCCAUACAUUCAAUGUUGUGAUGCAGACCACGCCUGCCCCGUAAAGUAGUGCAGGCUACACCUGCGCUGUUCCUUCACGUUUGGGAAUGUCUGCAGUAAUAUCAAAUGCUGGAUGUUGUUAGAUACUGUGCCUGGAGCAAUAAUCAGUAUAGAGGGAGAAAUGCAUGGCAAUCACGAUGGUUUAACCAAAGACUGAAGGUGAAGGUUGAGCACAACCGGUCACAUUGGCAUGUCCAUGAACGAUUCGAGCAACUAAAUGUGUAUUAACUGUAACACUGCUAAAAAUGUUUUUUCUUAUGUGAUCAAGUUUGGCAUUCUGCAAUUUUUAUUAUUUUUUCUGACAGAGAUUGUCAGUCGAUCACAACUGCGAUUGAUGUCCUUGUUGAUUUAUCUGUUGUCCUUAGCGUACAUAAGCAUAGGCAUUUAAUGUAUACUACUGUCACUAACACGUUUAGGGUCUUGUAAGGCAGAAUUCAUAUGAUACUUUUUGGCUGCCUAGUUGCAUACGUAAUGGUGGAAAUGUAUUCUGUAACACUUAACUGUAUCUGAAUUUAUGUCCGCUAUUUAUUUAAUCUAUUUCAGUAUUUAGUUAUAAGACUUUAAAAGGAUUAUUUUGUAUUUAAAGUGUGCGUAUGUGUGUGUGAGUGGAGCAUAGCUCUGUCCAUCUACAAUUGUGGUGUUAAAAUUUAACCUUAGAACAAACAGUCACCUGAGAGCGAGAUUCUCUCUUCACAACUAGGACUAGGCCUACCAGAUGUUCUGUGUGGUACAAUGCUAAAAAUAUAUACUUCAGUAUUAUUUUAUUAGGAUGUGUUUUGGUUUUAAUUUUGUGUGAGUAUGAACUCAAGUCAUACUAUUCUGCUAAUGAACGUUUGUUUGGUUCAACCCCAUGUCUGGUGAUGUUCUGUACAUGGAAGCGUUGGAGGAUGGGGAGGGUUUCUAAACUCCCCUUGGGCUGGCCCCUCUGCAUUACUGAACCCGGAAGCAAUCCUUCAGUAUCACUUUGAGAAUGUGCAUCACUGACACCUUCCUGUCCACACGGACAUGAGUGGACCAGAGCAGGGAUGCAUCCACAGGCCUUUCACAACCCUCAAUCAAGAACCCUUCUAAUUAAGAACUCUUUAAUAGAACUAAAUUAAUAACCACAUGAUCGCCAGCCUGGCUUGUGAUUGGACUAUCCUUCUUCCUGUGUCUACUCUGGAGAGAAAGCCUUAAGUGUCUCACCGCUUGUGGUGUUUACAUUGGAAAGUGAAAGGAGGAAAUGGUUGGAUUGUGGAAUAAUUUAUCUUGCUGUAUGAUCCGUGUCCUGAUUGUUUAUACAGCCCAGUCUGUGUGGGACAUGUGACACACUAGACUCGGAUCUUUACCCCUAUACUGAGCUCAUCUGAUGUUUCUGUGGAUAGUCUUUUGUUUUUUUUCUACUCAGACCUGUACCACUAUGCCACUGACUAACUUGAAUGAUUUGAAAUAAAUGGGAAACCCUUAGUAAGAAUCUGUGGUGGCUUCUGUCAUUUCCAGCUCGUGCUGACUUGCCCAUGCCUGCAUCCACUUCUUUGGGGGAGAUUUGGGAAUUGAGUAGUUCUUCAGAUAGCAUGGUGAUUUUCAUUGGAUUUUGCCUUCUUGUCAGGCAUACAAUUUGGGUUCCACAAGUUAAUGGCUUCAAGAGCUCAAUUGAGCAGCAAAUGGACUUUAGUCAACAGAAAGCAUAAAAGUGCUUACAAUAUCCAUAAUGAACUGGACACGUUAUUUGAUUUUUAGAAUUGCAGCCAUCAAUAAACUUGAUAAAACUCAAGUCAUACGCACCACUGAGUGAAACCAACAUUUUAUUGCAUUGUUAGAAAGCAAUACAGCAUGAUAAAUGUCACACA